AUGCAGUCCCUCCCCCUCUUCCGCUUUGGCGUCGUGGCCGACGUCCAGCACGCCGACAUACCCGACGGGAGUUCCUUCCAUGGCGUCCCGCGCUACUAUCGUGGAGCAUUGCAGCUCCUGCAACGCGCUGUGGACGACUUCAAGGAGGCCCACGUCAACUUUGCCAUGCACCUUGGAGAUAUUGUGGACUUUCACAACUCAGUGACCCCCGCGGAGGCGAGCGCGGUGCGGUCCAGACCAGACUCUGCGCUGCAGGACGUCCUGGACAUCUUUACUCGGCUGGAGGCGCCGGUCUACCACAUGCUAGGCAAUCACUGCCUGUACUGCCACAGCCGCCCGGUGCUCAACCAGCGUCUGGGCAUCAGCGAGCUCCAGGGUGGGCAGCGGCACAGUUACUAUGCCGUCCAGCCACUGGCCGGGUGGCGGGUGCUCGUCCUGGAUGGCUAUGACGUGAGCUUGCUGGGCUGGGAGCCGGGGCACCCGCUGCAUGAGCUGGCUGAGGAAACGCUGCAGGCCCGGAACCCCAACAAGGAGAAGAACAGCCCCGACGGUCUGGAGGGCACGGAGCGGCGCUUCGUGAAGUUUGGCGGCGGGUUGUCGGACGCCCAGCUGGUGUGGAUGCGCGGCCAGCUGGGCGAAGCGCGCGCAGCGGGCGACCGUGUCGUGGUGGCCUGCCACCUGCCCAUGCACCCUGACACCUGCCCGCCUGUGUGCCUGCUCUGGAACUACGAGCAGGUGUUGGAGGUACUGCAGGCCUUCCCGGGCACCGUCGUGGCGACCCUGGCGGGCCACACACACCGAGACGGGUACUGCAGGGACUCUGCGGGCAUCCAUCAUCGGGUGUGCGCUGCAAUCCUGGAGACGCCGCCGGGCAACGACUGCCACGGCAUCAUCGAGGUGUUCGACGACAGGAUCCGGGUGGUGGGGCACGGUCGCUUCCAGUCCGACGACUGGAGCUUGGGGCCAGUGGGUCACACCUGA